AUGCCCGGCCUGCUGGGCGGCGGCGGCGAAGUGGAGCCCGCCUGCUCCGGGGGCGCCUCAGGAGCCAGGCCCGGCCGAGGCCCGCAGAGCUGCUGCAGCCGCCAUCUUGGCCCCGCCUCCUGCCCAGGGACAGGAAGUGCGUCACCGCCGCGGCGGGCCCCGGAAGCGUCGUCGCGGCAGCAGGACUACGUUUCCCGGCGUGCCCGCGGCCGGCGGAGGCAGAUGGCGGCGGCCGUGGCGGCCCGGCUGGCUCUCCGCGGGGCGGCCCUGGCCGGGCGCGGGACCUGCAGCCGCGGAGGCGCUCAGGCGGCGGCGGCGGCGGCGGCGGCGUCGCGGGGCUGCUCCCAUGGCCGGGGACAGCCGCAGCAGCAGCAGCAGCGGCGGCGGCGGCGGCGCGGGGAGGGCCGGGCGGGGGGGCCGCUGCCGCCGCUGCGGGGCCUGGGCCUGCCGGGCCUGCUGGCCGCCGUGCCCGCCUCCCCGCCCCUCUCCGACCCCGGCCGGGGCUCCCCGCGGGCCACCUACAACUUCAUCGCCGACGUGGUGGAGCGGACGGCGCCGGCCCUGGUCUACGUGGAGAUCCUGGGCAGACACCCCUUUUCCGGGCGGGAGGUGCCCAUCUCCAACGGCUCCGGCUUCGUGGUGUCUGCGGACGGGCUGAUUGUGACCAACGCCCACGUGGUGGCCAACCGGAGGCGGGUGCGGGUGCGGCUGGCCAGCGGGGAGCUCUAUGACGCGGUGGUGCGCCAGGUGGACCAGGUGGCAGACAUUGCCACCAUCAAGAUCAGCCCCAAGCACCCGCUGCCCACGCUGCCCCUGGGCCGCUCCUCCGAGGUGCGCCAAGGGGAGUUUGUGGUGGCCAUGGGCAGCCCCUUUGCCCUGCAGAACACGAUCACGUCCGGCAUCGUCAGCUCAGCCCAGCGCGGGGGCCGGGAGCUGGGCCUGGCCGCUUCGGACAUGGAGUACAUCCAGACAGAUGCUGCGAUUGACUUUGGCAACUCCGGGGGGCCCCUCGUCAACCUACUAGAGGGCGCCCUCCUUUGCUUGCCCAACAGCAGCGGCCUCAGUGGCUGUGUUGUCUUCCAGGACGGGGAGGUGAUUGGGGUGAACACCAUGAAGGUGACGCCGGGCAUCUCCUUUGCCAUCCCCUCUGACCGCCUGCGGGCCUUCCUGGAGCAGGAGGAGAAGCGCGCGGGUUCUUGGUUCAGCAGCCCAGAAGGGAAGCGUCGCUACAUCGGGGUGAUGAUGCUGACCCUGACGCCCAGCAUCCUCUCUGAGCUGAAGGGGAGAGACCCGGCCUUCCCCGAUGUGUCUCAUGGCGUCCUCAUCCACAAGGUGAUCAUCGGCUCCCCGGCUCACCAGGCGGGACUCAAGGCAGGCGACGUGGUGACGGAAAUCAACGGGCAGGCCUCCCGGCGGGCGGAAGACGUCUACGAGGCGGUGCGGACCCAGCCCCACCUGGCGCUGCUGGUGCGGCGCGGCUACGAGGCCCUGCUGCUGACCAUCACCCCGGAGGCCACCGAGUAG